UUAAGACCGUUGUAUUUCAUUUUUUUUCCAACAUAAACAAAAAAAAAACCAUGUCCACCCUUUCACCUCACCUCAUCCUCCUCCUUCUACUUUUCCACCUCGCCGUUACCGUUAACUCCAUCGGCGUUAACUACGGAACCCUCGGAGACAAUCUCCCACCACCAACAACCGUAGCAAACUUCUUAAAAACAAACACAAUCAUCGACCGUGUUAAGAUCUACGACGUUAGUCCACAGAUCCUUCAGGCUUUUGCUAACACUGGGAUCGCCGUUACCGUAACGGCUCCUAACGGUGACAUAGCUACGCUAACAAACAUUGAUUCGGCUCGUCAAUGGGUUGUUAGAAAUAUUAAACCGUUUCAUCCUAUGACGAAAAUUAAUUAUAUUCUUGUUGGAAGUGAAGUUCUUCAUUGGGGUGAUAAUAAUAUGAUUCAUAGCCUUGUUCCUGCUAUGAGAACCCUUCAUUCUGCUCUUCUUGCUGAGGGUAUUACCGAUAUUAAGGUAACAACAGCACACUCAUUAGCAAUAAUGCGAUCAUCAAUCCCACCAAGUGCAGGUCAAUUCAGACCGGGUUACGCAAAACACGUUUUGGGACCAAUGUUAAAGUUUCUAAAAGAAACAAAAACACCGUUUAUGGUAAACCCAUAUCCAUAUUUCGGUUACAAUCCAAAAAACGUGAACUUCGCACUAUUCAGACCAAACCACGGUUUAUUCGACAAAAACACAAAACUAACAUACACGAACCAAUUCGAUGCACUUAUGGACGCGGUUUAUUCAGCAAUGAAGGGACUUGGUUAUGGUGACGUGGAUAUUGUUGUUGGUGAAACAGGUUGGCCUUCGGUUUGUGAUGGUUGGGAUGCGUGUAGUGUUGCUAAUGCUGAGUCUUAUAAUGGACAAUUAGUUAGACAUUUGGAGGAAGGGAGAGGGACACCUUUGAUGCCGAACCGACGGUUCGAGACUUAUAUUUUUGCUUUGUUUAAUGAGAAUCAGAAACCCGGUCCGAUUGCCGAGCAGAAUUGGGGUUUGUUUCGACCAGAUUUUACUCCUGUUUAUAACUCUGGGAUCUUGCGGAAUGGACAGAAACCAGUAGCACCAAAACGAGGAGGAGGAGGAGGACAAUCGCCGAGUCCUGUUGUCGGAGGGCAAAAAUGGUGUGUACCAAAGGCGGAAGCGAGUAACGAAGCAUUACAAGCGAAUAUAAACUAUGUUUGUAGCCAAGGUGUUGAUUGUAAGCCAAUUCAACCAGGAGGAGUUUGUUAUGCUCCUAAUAAUGUUAAGGCACUUGCCACUUAUGCAAUGAAUGCUUACUAUCAGGCUAAUGGGAAACAUGAUUUCAAUUGUGACUUCUCUCACUCUGGUGUUGUUACUUCUAUCAAUCCAAGCCAUGAUAAUUGUAGAAUCUGAGCAUGUUUCUUUAAAGGUCAUAAUCAGAGGCCAUCUGAAUAGAAGAGGGAAAUGGCGUCAAUGCGGCUUUGUGUUAGUGACUUUGUGAUUAUGAAUUCAUGUACUUGAUUAUUUAGUUUGUAUAUUUAAACUGAAAAAAAGGAUGUUAACAAUGGCAUGACAUUUCAUGCUUGAUUUAAAAUCUAUGCUUCGUGUGUGGCUAUAACUAUUUUAUUAAUAUGAACAUCACAAUAAUAUUAUAACAUUAGCAUCUGCUUAAUCAAAUCUCUUCAUUCAA